AUGGCAAGAGCUGAGAUAGGAACCGCCAAAUACCAAGCUAAAAAAUUAAAGGCUUCGGGGUUACAGCAGCUAAAGUACUACUGCCAGCUAUGCCAUAAACAAUGUAGGGAUGCUAAUGGCUACAAAAACCAUUUACUGUCACCAUCACACAAGGGUAGAGUUGAAGAUAUGGAACAAAAGGGUACGAAAAAAGUAACGGAGGACUUUUCAAGGCAGUUCUUGAAUGCUUUCAUGACAUUGUUGAGAAUAAGCCAUGGUACCAAGAGCGUUGAUGCCAACAAAUUUUACCAGGAGUACAUUUCCAACGACCGAGAUCAUGUACAUAUGAACUCCACAAAAUGGUCGAGUUUAACUCUGUUUGUACAGUAUUUGGGGAAAAAUAGCUACGUGAGGGUAGAACAGCCUGGUGACGACGAGAAUGACCACAGUCUUAUGAUUAGCUAUAUUGAUCACUCGGAUCAAAAAUCUGUUCUGGUGAAGAGACAGCAGCUGAUGAAAAAUGAUGAAGAACAAUCCAUGCGUUUCCUCAGCCAGCAAAUAGAGGCAGGGAGAAACGAGAAGCAUAUACACAAAGAAAACGAUAGCGUUCACGAAGUGAAGGAGAUACCGAAGGAGGGAAUCAAAGUACAGUUACGACCCAAGAUGAGUGAGAAGAAGAAAACUGCUGCUGCUUUUAAUUCGGAAGAGUCUGAAGAUUCUGAAGAUGAAGCGAAACAAAAGAAGACAAAUAUCGGUCAGAUCAGCAAAAAAUUACUUGGGCGAUAA